GCUCGCUGCUGUUUUGCUCGAUGAAGUGACGCAUCGGAGUGAAAAAGGAAACCAAAAGUUUUUUCGUCUGGAACGCAAACUGCGAAAUUUUUGUGAAAAGUGGUUGUUGUCUCGCAGUUUGGAAUAAUCUGAUUUGUGCAAAUUUAGCUGCAGAUCGAAGAGAAAGUCCUUGAACAGCAGCGCAGCGCUCGGUUAGUUCCCGAUUUUUUGUUGUUUUGUCGAACCCUCAAGACAGACAAGCGGAGACGCACGCAGCAAGAUGAGUUUCUUCGGGAAGUUAUUUUCCGGAAAGAAGGGCGAACCAGCCCCGACGCCCAGCGAAGCCAUCCAGAAGCUGAGGGAUAUCGAGAAUAUGCUGACCAAAAAGCAGGAAUUCCUCGAGAAAAAGAUCGAAGUCGAACUGGACACAGCGCGGAAGAACGGAACCAAAAACAAGAGAGCUGCACUCCAGGCCCUCAAGCGAAAGAAGCGAUACGAGAAGCAACUGACUCAGAUCGAUGGCACCUUAUCCACGAUUGAAAUGCAACGGGAAGCCCUGGAGAAUGCCAACACCAACACAGCCGUCUUGACCACAAUGAAGAAGGCCUCAGACGCCCUCAAGGCAGCCCACAAAGAUAUGAAUAUCGACGACGUGCACGAGAUGAUGGACGACAUUGCCGAGCAGAACGAUAUCGCCAACGAGAUCUCCAAUGCCGUCUCGACGGCGGUGGGCUUCGGCCAGGACAUCGACGACGACGAACUGGAGAAGGAGCUGGAGGAGCUGGAACAGGAAGAGCUGGACAAGGAACUGCUCGGGGUGCAGCCGGAGACGGACCAGCUGCCGGACGUGCCAGCCACCGAUCUGCCCGCCAAGGCGAAAGAGAAGAAAAAGGCUGUUGUCGAGGAUGAUGAUGAUCCGGACAUGAAGGAACUGAUGUCGUGGGCUAACUAAAGGGACGGAGAGACAAGCGGAUCCAGUUCGUUGUGGGUCCGUCGUAACUCUUCAUUAAUACCUAGGCGUUUCCUUAGACCAGACAUUAUCCACACGCAUAUAUCUACUAAAAGCUUAAGAAAGGAGGUACUCGACAGGCUAGGCUACUAUCCAAUGCACUUAAUAUAUGUUUUACAACAAAAAAGGCAAUCCAAACCACUCCUAGCCGUACCCCACAGCUACGCGUUACACUGCGCGGAACAUGAAUAGAAAAGAUCAUGUAUUGAGAUUGAAGACUUCGAGGGGCGUUUUGGUCUUGUGUAAAAUAAUUAUGAUAAUCUAUUCUGAUUAUUGUUUUUAUCAUUGUCAAAAAAGUAAAUGUAAAUUACAAUUCUUUGUGCCGUGUUAUGUUCGAAACAAGUUGAUUUAUCUCAACAAACAACUGCUUUUGUGUGUUGGUUUUAGAAGGAUGCCCUAAAUUGUACAUUAGUUCGAUCUUUCCGGUGUACCGUGAUAAUUGCAGUACUACUACAGUCAGUGAUGAGCUGUUGGUUGGAGAAGCAUACCCCCUAUAGUCACUUACGAACGAAACGAUAUUUGUUUGAAGCUUUGAGUUCCAGAUCGGUAAUAUUUGACCCAUUGUGGAGAGUUUGGAAAUAUAUUUUCUUACGCUAAGUUACACUAAUAUAGGUACAUUGAAAAGUUGUA